CUGCGAAACCCUCUCUCGCCCUCUCUCUCUCUCCCGCCCUCUCUCUCUCUCCAGCAGAAGAAGAAGAAAAGAGAAGGAGAAGAUGCCGUUGAAGUUGGUGGAUGCGACGGUGUCGAGCUUCGACGCGGUGUUCGAUAAGUUCAGAUCGGAAGCCCCCAACCACAAUGCCAACCUCAUCCUCUUCUUGGCUGACAAGGACCCUUCCACCUCUCUCAGCUGGUGCCCUGAUUGUGUGAGAGCUGAACCUGUGAUCUACAAAAAACUGGAAGCAUCAUCGGAUAACAUAGCGCUUCUGCAAGCUUAUGUUGGAGACCGACCUACUUGGAGGAAUCCCCAGCACCCGUGGAGGGUAGACCCCAGAUUCAAGCUUACUGGAGUUCCGACGCUGAUGCUGUGGGAGGAUGAUGCGGUCAAAGGCCGACUUGAAGAUCACGAAGCCCACAUUGAGCGCAAAAUAGAUGGCCUCGUUGCCGGGAAAUGAGCUGUCGUGCUUUUACAUUUACUGAAUAGGGUUCUGACUUUUCAAAAAUCAGUUCCAUUUAAUAAACGGUGCUUGAUGUUGCAUCACUGAGUUAUUAUUAAGUUGUCUCUAGUAUGAUUCUCCUUGAUGGGGUUAACCCACAGGUCUACCUAAAGUAGCUGAAUGAAUUGCACCAAAUCUGCCCCCUGCA